AGCAUGUAGUUGAAAGAGCAGCUGCUACUCACUGUGAACGCCCUAAAGUACUGUUCACAGUAGUCUCGAUCAACCAUUGGAGGGGGAGAAAAAUUUUACUCUUUUCAAUUAGCAAAUAGUAGGUCCUACUGAUCACUAUGCAUUGCUUGAAAGCUCUGAGGACAGCCAACCCAGGAGCCUUGCGGCUAUUUAAGAAUGCAGGCAUCACAAACAGAGUUGGAGCUGACAGCAGUGUUCUGUCCAGGACGCAGCAAGCCGUUUUUCUGCCCUGCCGGCUCACAACACCACCUCAUACCCACAGAGCCCUUCUUCAUUACCAGACCGGUCCUGAUGUGGAGCAAGGACGUGGCAAGUUGAUGUCUAGUAUGGAAGACUUACUUUUCUACACAAUCACCGACGGCAGAGAGAUGAUCCCCAUGUCACAGUUCAUAUCAGCUUUGAGAAAAACAGGUCUGUGGACUUCUGACCCCCGGCUGCGUGACUGCAUGCGUCAGAUUCGCCAAUUCACACUUGACUCACUGGGGCCUGUCAUGAUGGACAAAACGCUCUUUAGAAGGUGUGUAGGUAACAACAUCAUGCUGCUGACAAAGGCCUUCCGAAAAAUGUUCAUCAUCCCAGACUUUCAAGCGUUCACUCAGAAAAUUAAAGUCAUAUAUGACAGCGCACAACAGCAAGAUGGGGGACAAGUAGCUGAUUACAUUCCUCAACUUGCAAAAUUCAGCUCUGACAUUUGGGGAGUAUCUCUGUGUACCGUUGAUGGACAAAGGCACUCAAUGGGUGACACCAAGGUUCCCUUCUGUCUGCAGUCGUGUGUCAAGCCACUGGAGUACGCCAUCGCUGUGCAUGAACUCGGCAGCGAACACGUCCACCAGUUUGUGGGCAAAGAGCCUAGUGGAUUCAGGUUCAACAACCUAUCGCUGAAUGAGGAGGAUAAACCACACAAUCCAAUGGUGAAUGCUGGAGCUAUCGUGAUCAGUUCAUUAAUAAAGCCUGACUCCAAAAAAGCAGAGAGGUUCGAUUACGUAAUGGACUUUUUGAAGCGUACAGCGGGAGCAGAGUAUGUUGGCUUCAGCAAUGCAACGUUCCAGUCCGAGAGGGAGACAGGUGAUCGGAACUAUGCAAUUGGUUAUUACCUCAAGGAAAAAAAGUGCUUCCCCAAGAACGCUGACAUGAGUGAUGCCCUUGACUUCUACUUUCAGCUGUGCGCCAUCGAGAUGACGUGUGAGUCGGGCAGCGUCAUGGCGGCCACGCUGGCCAACGGAGGCAUUUGUCCAAUCACCGGCGAGCGUGUGCUGAGCACAGAGGCCGUUCGGAACACGCUGAGUCUCAUGCAUUCCUGCGGGAUGUACGACUUCUCUGGACAGUUCGCCUUCCAUGUGGGCUUGCCCGCCAAAUCUGGGGUUUCCGGUGCCGUUCUCCUGGUGGUCCCCAAUGUCAUGGGCAUGGUGUGUUGGUCUCCCUCUUUGGAUCGCCUGGGGAACAGCGUGCGCGGCAUUCACUUCUGCCAGGAGCUGGUGUCUCAUUUUAACUUCCACAAUUACGACAACCUGAGACAUUUCACCAAGAAGCACGACCCCAGAAGAAGCUUAGAUGACGAGCCGAACAAAGCAGUUGUAAACUUGAUGUUUGCGGCCUACAGCGGUGACGUCUCUGCUCUGAGGAGGUUUGCUCUUUCUACGUUGAACAUGGACCAGCGAGACUACGACUCUCGUACAGCCCUCCACAUCGCUGCAGCAGAAGGUCAUGUAGAAGCUGUCAUCUUCCUCACUGAUGAAUGUAAAGUGGAUCCUUACAUCAAAGACAGAUGGGGCAACACUCCCCUGGAUGACGCCAGGCAGUUUGACCAUCACGUCAUCGCCACCAUUCUGCAGCAGUACCAGCUUGCGUACACUAAUGGCGAGUCAUCGAGCUUCAAAGAGGAGCAGAAGACCACCAUGGACACGCUGGAGAGCAUCAAUUGAGGGAUCGAGCGAGGCUCAAUUAAUAUGGCACUUGAAAUGAAACAGGGUGACUCAGACAAGUGAGUAAUGAAGGAUUUUAGAUGUAGUUCGGGCAAUUUAUGCACGCUCACUUGUCAAAAUCUUAGGCACGCUAGCGCAAUCUAUUGAGACACAAUAACAGAUCUGCGGCAGCACGGGGAAGUUGUGGUUAGCACCGGCUCACAGUCAGGAGAUUCAGGUUCCAGUGUUUUUGGGAACAUCUCUUUAAUGGCAUAUUCGUGUGCUCCAAGUGAGCUCUGCAAAUCCUCAAAACAAGCGUCCUUUUUUUUUUUUAAUUGAAGACUGCGUGAAUAUGGCUGGGAAUGGUUAUCCAGUCCCCUCCAAAA